CGAUCGCUCAGCUAUCAAGUACCGGGCAAAUCAAAAAAUAGCUCUGGACUGGUGUGAGACUGUCUGCAUAUUGUUUACAGGAUAUUUUGGAGCGGGGCAAUAUUUACUGUGUCUGAACUGCAGAGGCAGUAGUUGGCGCUACGGCGCAGGAGGAGUGAAAACAAAAGCCACGUUGGUGUCGGGCAUCCCCCUCCUCCAGUGCCAGGCAGGGGCAGCUGCAGCAGUUGGCACAGCCCGCUGGAAGGGACGGUGGCACUUGGCACAGCCCUGUCCCUAGAAGCUGCCCAGUUGUCUUUCUAAAGAGUGAUGAAGUCUGAAGAAGACCCCGAAGACGGAGACAGCAUGUCAGGGGAUCCGAGCUAAGGGAAGAAGGGCCAAGAUGAAUGCAGAAGGGCAGCAGAAAAUCAGGUUGCACUGGGCAGCCCCCUUGGACUCUGGCUGUAGCUGAAUGCCGGGUUUGCUGUUCACUCUUGGCAGCCAGGACUCGGGAACUCUAGAAUGAGUUGCUGGUUUUCCUGUGCCCUUAAAAACACAUUGACUGCAGACUGGAACAAGUACGAUGAUCGCUUGAUGAAAGCUGCUGAACGGGGUGACGUGGAGAAGAUCUCGUCUGUCCUUGCCAAGAAGGGCGUAAACCCCACCAAACUCGAUGUGGAAGGAAGAUCUGCGUUCCAUGUUGUAGCUGCCAAAGGGAAUCUUGAUUGUCUGAAUGCCAUUCUUGUACAUGGGGUUGACAUUGUAGCUACUGAUGCGGCAGGAAGGAACGGUCUGCACCUCGCUGCGAAAUAUGGGCAUGCACUCUGUCUGCAAAAAUUGUUGCAGUACAACUGCCCUACAGAAAAUGUGGAUCUUCAGGGUCGCACAGCUCUUCACGAUGCAGCGAUGUCAGAUUGUUCAUCCAGCAUUCAGUUACUGUGUGACCAUGGAGCCUUGGUGAAUGCCAGAGAUGCAGACGGGAGGACGCCUCUGGUGCUGGCCACUCAGAUGUGCCGUCCAGCCAUAUGUCAACUUCUGCUUGACAGAGGCGCUGAUGUCAAUGCAAGAGACAAACAGAACCGGACAUCUCUGAUGUUAGGCUGUGAAUAUGGCUGCAAGGAUGCUGUGGAAGUUUUGCUCAAAAAUGGUGCGGACGUCACUUUGGUGGAUGCCCUUGGCCAUGACUGCUCUUACUAUGCAAGGAUUGGUGAUAGCGUUGAAAUCUUGGCUCUGAUAAAGGCUGCCAUGGAGGAGUCCAACAAAGCAAGUUACGAAGUCAUGAAGAAAGGACAGCCUCUUCUCAAGGUGACCAACAUGCUGCCAAAAUGGAGUCAUCCAAAUGCCUUAGAGGACAUGAGCUUCAAGACGCAUCAGAAGGAACACUGGAAUGUACAGGAAUUAGAAAGAGAGAAUGAAGACUUGAAAGGCAGGCUAAGGGAGAUCCAGCAGGAGCACCGGAUUUUAUUGGACAGAAUCAAUGGUCUGCAGCUGCAGCUGAACGAGGAGCAAAUGGUUGCAGAUGAUCUCGAAAGCGAGAAAGAUGAGCUCAGGAGGCUGCUGACAGCAAAGGAGAAGCAGCAGGAAGAAAGUUCACGGAUGCUUGAAGCUCUGAAGUCAAAGCUGAGAUUCUAUGAGGGUGACCACGGGGGAUCUGGAAACAGUUUUGGUAACAGGAAAGAAGAUGUUCUGCUGAAGCAGGGUUCCACAUAUUCUGCAGAACCACAGCAGGCCCCUGCCUCAGCGCCAGCUGCCCUCCAGAGUAGAUCCAUGGUGAGGCCCCUGGAGCUCCUGAGCCCAAGCCUGUCUCCUGCUGCCUCCGAGGCGGAAGCUCUGAAACGGGAGCUGGGCAACCUGAGGAGCUGCUACGAUGCAGCCCGAGGGGAGGUGAGCAGGCUGCAGCUGGAGCUCUCCCACAAGGCAGCAGAGUGCAAAGCGCUGGCGGCGGAGUGCGAGAGAACGAAGCAGGAGUCGGACCAGCAGAUCAAGCAGCUGGAAGACGCCUUGAAGGACGUGCAGAAGAGGAUGUUUGACUCGGAAGGGAAAGUGAAGCAGAUGCAGACGCACUUCCUGGCCCUGAAGGACCACCUGACGAGUGAGGCGGCGGCCACCGGCAGCAAGGCGGUGGAGGAGCUGAAGGAGCAGCUGAAGGACACCAAGGCCAAGUACGAGGGGGCCUCGGCCGAGGUGGGCAAGCUGAGGAACCAGCUAAAGCAGAAUGAGCUGCUGGUGGAGGAGUUCCGCAGGGAUGAGGCCAGGCUGGUGGACGACAACAAGAAGCUGCAGAGGGAGCUGGGCAUGUUGAAGGUGGAGCACGAGAAGCGGGAGAGGAGGGCCUGCGAGGCGGAGGGUCAGUUGAAGGAGGCGGCAGCCAAGCUGGCGGAGAAGCUCGAGAAAGUGAAGAGCUCGCUCUCGGGCGAAGUGGAGGAGAAGGCGCGGAGGUUGGCAGAGGCGGAGGCGGAGCGGCAGAAGCUGUGCACAGAGGCUCAGGGGCUGAGAGCUGAGCUGGAGGGCCAGAGAGGCCAGUUUGCCCAGUAUGUGAGGCCGGAGGAGCACAAGCAGCUGAAGGGCAGGUAUGAGCAAAAGGCCAGGGAGCUGGAGCGAGUGCAGGCGGAGCUGAAGCACCAGAGCCAGGCCUGGCAGGCGGAGGCGGAGAAGGCCAAGGCAGGCCACAGCCUGCUGAAGCAGCAAGUGGAGGCCCUCCGGAGCGAGAUGAAGAGCCAGUACGUGCCUUUGAAGGUCAGCGAGGAGGUGAAGCGGGCGAGCGACGUCACGGUUGGAGACCUGAACAAGAAGCUGGCGGAGAGCAGAGAGAAGUGUCAGAAGCACAGCGCGGAGGCAGAGAAGCUGCUGGCAGAAAACCUCCGCUUGAAGGAGACGGUUGGGCAGCUCCAGGCGGCUUACAUCCCCCGGGAGAAGCAUGAGAAGGAGAUGGGAGCCUUGAAGCUAACCACGGCCGGUCUGGAGCGGCAACUCGCCGAGCUCAGCCAAAAGUACAGGGAGCAGCAAGCCAAGGCAUCCGAGUUUGCAUCCAAAAAUGCCACUCUUCAAGAGACCAUGGAAGAGCAGUAUGUGCCGGUGGCUACUCACGAGGAGGUCAAGGCAGUGCUGAACAGCACUCUGGAAAAGACGGGCCAAGAGCUGUUGGAGCUGAAGGAAAAGAUGGAAAGUGUCAAGCAAGAGUUUGUGAGGGUGAGCGAUGAGAACGGGACCCUGAAGAGGAAGCUGCGAACUCUGCAAAGCCAAGUGCAAGGAGGCGAAUACAUAAACGCACGGGAGCAUGAGGCAAAAGUCGCCGCCCUCCACAAAAACAUUCAGGAGCUGCAGGAGAAAGGUUCUGAAAUGCAGGCAAAAUAUCAGGCGAAGCAAGAGGAGGUGGCCCAGUUGCACGCUGAGAUCAAGGCCCAGAAGAAGGAGCUUGACAUGAUCCAGGAAUGCAUCAAGUCCAAAUAUGCCCCCCUUUCCACUUUUGAAGAGAAGGAGCGCCGCUUCGAGGAGACAGCAAAAGAACUGAGGAGCCAGCUGCAGAAGGAGAGGGAGCAGCGCAGAGAGAGAGAGGACGAAGUCAAGAAAUGCAGCCAGGAGAAUGAGAAGCUGAGGGCCAGGCUCCUGAGCGUCCAGAAUGACUUGCAGCAGAACUAUGUCCUGGCGGAGAAGUCACACGAAAUGGAGCGGAUGUUUGCCAGCAAGAUGGACGGCCUCAACAAGCAGUUGUGCGAGCUGCAGCAGAAGUUUGCCGAGAUCCAGUGCGAGAAGGAGCGGCUUCAGGAGGAGAGCGCCCGGCAGCGCUCCGAGGCCCGCGAGGCAGAGAGCCGCCUCCACGGCCAAUACGUCCCGCUGGAGCAGGUGGAAGCCCUGGAGAGGCAGCUUGGCCGCACCGUCGAAGAGCUGAAAGGGGAGCUGAGCAGCAAGGAGGCCAGCUGCCAGCAGGAGGUGCAGAAAUCCCAGGAGCUGCAGCGGGAGAUGGCCGAUCUCAAGGCCGCCUCUGUGCCUCUAGCCGAGCACCUCCGCAUCAAGGAAGGCUUGGAGAGGGAAGCAUCCGCCGUGAAAUCCGCCUUAAGAGAGAAGGAGGGAGAGAGCCAGGAGAGGGCAGAGAAGGUUGCCAAGCUGCAGUCUGAAAUCCAGAGCGCCAAAGAAGCCUUGUGGGAGCUGGAGAGCCGAGAGGUGGUUGGGAUGGCGGAGCACAAGAUGGUGAAGAGCAAGCUGGAAGGGCAAGUAGGCAGCAUGGCAGAGAAGCUGGCCGAGCUCAGCCGGAAGCUGGAGGCAGCCCAGCAAGCCAGGAUGGAGGAGGCGCCCACCAAGGACAAGAAGGAGCCCCUGCAGUCCAGGAACUUCAGCAUUGAGCAGGAGAUCAAGGACCAGAAGGAGAGGUGCGACAAGUCCCUGAGCACCAUCGCGGAGCUGCAGAAAAGGAUCCAGGAGUCCGCAAAGCAAGUGGAAGCCAAAGACAACAAGAUAACUGAGCUACUUAAUGAUGUGGAGCGGCUAAAACAGGCCCUUAACGGUCUCUCUCAGCUUACGUACAACAGCGGCCUCCCCACAAAGCGACAGAGCCAGCAGGUCGAAGUGCUCCAGACGCAGGUGAAGACCCUUCAGCAGCAGCUGGCCGAUGCUGAGAGGCAGCACCAGGAGGUCAUCUCGAUAUAUCGGACACACCUUCUCAGUGCUGUUCAGGGUCACAUGGAUGAAGAUGUCCAAGCUGCCUUACUCCAGAUCAUCCGCAUGCGACAAGGGCUUGUUUGCUAGGGGUGGGGGUCGGGGUGGGAGGGGGUCGUGCUGUUGUCAGGGCCCUGAAGGGGCCUACAGCUGUGAAAGCACGCCUUCCUUCCUGCUUCGAUCCAGAAAGCGAAAAAAGG